UUUCUCGCGAGUCACACCGUUAAUGUCAUUUGCGAAUCACAUGUUUUCGAGUAGGGCUGUGUUCACAUUGCCUUGGACACCGCGCAGGAUUUGCAUUGCCCCGACAAGGAAAUACAACUAGCUGGCCUGAUCAUUUUGGCACAGGCCUUUUUAUCUGGCUGUUGAGCCAGUCUGCUAUUGAGCGACAUGUUGGGCAGAAAAAACAAGAGGGCACCCAUGCCCAAAGGCCAAGGGGCCGCAGCGGCAAAACAGAUGGGGCUGUUCAUGGACUUCAACCCCGAGGAGAUGAUGGACAUGGAGGGGAAUUUUGACGACCCGGACCUGGAGGCAGAGUUUGCUGCUAUUGUGGGAACUAAAACGUCUGCAGGUGGCAGGUCAAAACCGAAAGGAAAGACCCCUCUACCAAUGGAAGAUAUAGAGAAAAUGGCAGCAGAAUGCAUGAAGGAGGACUAUAAUGAGGAGGAGGAUGAAGAUCUUGAAAAUGACGAAGACUUAUUGGCUGAGCUACAGGAAGUGGUGGGUGAGGAAGAAGCUGAGGAUGAGGGGAUAGAAUCGCCCUCCUGCCCCAUCUCCUCGGAGGUGUCCCCAGCAGAAACACCCGAAUCACCACAGAAGGAAGUGAAAGUCAGCUCCACCCCUGGCAGUCUGCAGCACACGCUGGAGGAAAGGAUAGGCAUGUACAAGGCCGCGAUCGCAAACGCCAAAGCGUCAGGGGAGUCGUCCAAAGCGAGGAGAUAUGAGAGAGGCCUGAAGACGCUUGAGACGAUGCUCGGCUCGGUGAAGAAAGGGCGGAAGAUUGACGAGGGGGAGAUCCCUCCGCCGGUGGCGUGCGGGGCCCCCAGUGCCCCUUCGGCUGCACCCGGACCCGCACCUGAGCCUGAGCCCCAGUCGGUACCUACAGAGGAGCCGGGGGAGACUCCCGGGCAGGUACAGGCCGCCUCCCCAGAGACCGGGCCUAGCAGCGAGGAGGUCUCCUCCACCUUAGCUACGCCUGACGUGAGCAGCCUUGCCUCACUAGAGGAGACCAGUGAAGAGAAGGUUGCAGAACCCCAAGCAGUCAGCGAGCAAAAGGCUACCAAAGCCAUGCUGGUAGGCCGGCAGAAGGAGUACAAGCUGGCGGCCAUGAAAGCAAAGCAGGAAGGAGACCUAGAGGGGGCCAAGCUCUUCCUGAAGACCAGCAAGAAAUUUGAUGCAGUUAUCGAAGCGCUGGAGAACGGACAGCCCAUUGACCUGAGCAACAUGCCCCCACCUCCCGGAGGUACGGAUCAGAAAUUGGCAGUGAAGGUCCAGGGGACCAUGCCCUCUCCCAGCCCAGCGAAGGAGGCCCCGCCCAGACAGCCCGCGGAAUCCACACCUCCUGCCUCCGUCGUACCAGCCGCCCCCCCUCAGCCCAAGGACGUCCUGGAGGCCCUGGAGCAAAGGCUGGCCAAGUACCAGGAAGCCUGCGCCCAGGCCAAAGCCAGCGGGGACGACCGCAAGGCCCGCAUGCAUGACCGCAUAGCCAAGCAAUAUCAGAGCGCCAUCCGUGCACACAAAGCAGGUCGAGCUGUCAACUAUGAGGAGCUACCUGUCCCGCCAGGGUUCCCUCCAAUCCCUGGUCACGCAGGGGCAGGAGCAGAGCAGGGCUUCGCCGCAGUGUUGGAGGCUGCCAACAAGCUGGCCUCCGACGAGGUGCAGGAGGCAGGAGAUGAGGAAGAGGAGGAGGCUGAAGAGCCCCCACAGAGAAAACCGCCAGUUGCACCAAAGCCCAAGAAACCCACCCUGGCUGUGCCGCCCACAGUACAGGAUCACAAGCCGACCCCCUCGCCCUCUCCGGAGAGGCAUGCCAAAAAGGAGGGCCUCUCUCCCACAGCCCAGCAGCAGGUGGACUUCCUGGAGGGCCGCAGGAAGCAGUACAUGAAGGCGGCCCUGCAGGCCAAACAGAGGAACGACAUGGAGCAGGCCAAGCAGUUCCUGCGCACCGCCAAGGGCUUCGAGCCCAUGAUCGAGGCCGCCAAGGGCGGGAAGCCGGUCGACAUCUCCAAGGUGCCGUCUCCUCCCGGGGACGAAGACGACGACUUUAUCCUUGUGCACCACAAAGACAUUCAGAUGUCUGAGAAGGCCGAGGAGGUUUACUCCCAGCUGGCCAAGCUGCUGAAGGAACAGUACGAGAAAUGCAUGACGUACUCCAAGCAGUUCACACACCUUGGAAACAUCAAAGAGACCACUAAGUUCGAGAAGAUGGCGGAGAGCUGCAAGAAGAACCUGGAGAUCCUGAAGCUGGCACAGGCGCAGGGGCUGGACCCCCCCAAGCACCGCUUCGAGGAGAGGACCUAUAGCACCGUCAGGAUCUUCCCAGAGCUCAGCAGCACAGAGAUGGUGGUGGUUAUAGUGAAAGGGAUGAACCUCCCUGCCCCACACGGUAUAGCCACAAAUGACCUGGAUGCCUUUGUCAGGUUUGAAUUCCCUUACCCCAGCUCGGAGCAACCGCAGAAGCAUAAAACUAAUGUCAUCAAGAACACCAACUGUCCAGAGUACAACCAGAGCUUUACACUGACCAUCAACCGUAACCACCGCGGCUUUCGGAGGGUCAUCCAGUCCAAAGGCCUGAAACUGGAGGUGCUGCAUAAAGGGGGGUUCCUCCGGAGUGACAAGCCCCUGGGAACAGCUCACCUGAAGCUGGAGAAACUGGAUACGGAGAGUGAAGUGCGGGAGAUUGUGGAGGUGAUCGACGGGCGGAAGGCCACCGGUGGGCGCCUGGAGGUGAGGGUGCGUCUCCGAGAGCCACUGAGUGGACAGGACCUCCAGACUACCACAGAGCGCUGGCUGGUCCUGGAUCAGCCUCAGGUUGUUCUGUAAAGGAUGCCUUAAGUACAGAACGUCUUACACGGUAGAGAGGAUGCAGAGGAGGAAGACUGAGAGGAUUAGUUGGCAUAUGCUGAGAGUGGGGCUGCUAGUUGUUGCUAGAAUGUGUGCCAUCACACAGGGUUUCCUUACUACUUCCUGUACAAAGAAACACAGAAAAGAGUUCCUGUUCGCAGCGCUGGGACACAGAUGGAAGAGGCAUUCCCAUGCCUGGGAAGAGCUUCAGAACUUGUCUCGAGCUGAGGUUUGGGAUCAGGUCUGAAAGGAGGCAAUGUAGGAUUCUAGGGGCCUCAUACAAAGGUCCCGUCUUUCUAGCCAUUUCAAGUUAGCCAUUACAUCCUACCAAGGGGUUUUAGUGAGCUGAAGUGAAUGUGAUACGCACCUAUGCACUAAUACCAAAGUUAUCACUGUUGCUGUAGUGCGGCGAUGUUAAAAAAAAAUGCCUGCGCAUUAAAGCUGACUUGAGCUGCCAAACCGGUAAUACACUCAGAGCUCUGUAGACUAUUAAUUAUGUUAGUAAUGCCGUAAUGCUAUGCAAGUUCAAUUUCUCUCUACACUAUUUCCUAGAUUUUGUAAUAGAAUGUUUGUUAGUGUAUCCUGUAAGUCCAUGUUUAAUCUGUAUAUUGUUGAUGUUACAUAAAUUUCACUGUUGUGUUCACUGGUGCUUCACCUCAACCAGACCAACCCACUGAUGAUUUGCAUGGAAUUGAUUUUCCGUCAGUGGAACCAUUUUGUACACUGUAGCCAAAACACAGCCACUAUGUAAUGAAAACUAUGUUCUACUGGGAUGUUACCUUUCAGAGAGACUAGGAUGAACAGCCUGGCUGAGAUUUCAUAUUGAAGCGUUUGAUAGGCUACCUAAAUUAUUGUGGCAUCAGGGAAAAUUCUUAAGUAGGAGUUCUUCUGUAUUCAGUUUUAUUAGCAUUCAUGAUAAAGGCCUAGAUGAUCGCAAGUAAUAUCCCUCCCCUUGUGGCUAUUUUGUGGUAGGGCAUCUACCAGUCCAUCUACCAAUAUGGACUAAAUAUCAAUACAUCUGUCGUACCCUUACUGUAAUCCAAAUUAUUGGAACAGGUCCUGAAUGAGCUGGAAAUAUCUAAAGGCACUUUUUAAAAAUAGAUUUGUGACUGUUUAAAGACACUGCAAAUAUUCUAAAUGAUUUAGUUAAAAUUGUUUAAUUUUAAGUACCAUAAACCCCAGCAUUACAGGGAAUGCUAUUGGUUAGCAAUAAAUACGCCAUUUCCAAUGGAAGUUUUAUUUCUGUAUAUUUCAGUACAUAACAGCCUGUGAGUUAAACCUAACUGCCAGUAUUGGAAUGUUUUAUUGCCUCUUGAUUUUAAGGUUUGUUGUACUUUAAAAGUUUAUUUCAUGUUCAUAUUUAGCACGUUACCAACAUCAAAGCCUUUGAUUUUUUUUUUUUUGUUUUUUUGUUAAAGUGCUGGCCUUAUGGUUGCGAGGGUCAGAGGCGAUCGUGUGCAGGGAUUGUCAGGCGGUUCAAUCCUCAGUUGGGUGAAGCACAUUGUGUUCUCCGUACUCACCCCUAUGUAAUAUACAGGUCCACCCCACUGUAAAUGUGUUGCUGCUGCAGAGCAGAUAGCAGCCGCAGCUGUGGGCCAUCGGAGGACGGCCAGCCCCCCAGCUGAUCCCCGUGUUUACAGCGUCUGAACGCAGACCGCUGCCUGAACGCAGACGGCCGUCUGACCGCAGACCGCACCCUGGCUCCCUGCUCGUCAGCUCCGCGUUCUUACUGCACAGGAACAAUGCUGCUGAACCCCUCCAACGGCCUUGACACUUUUGUCUGUCAAUAUACUGUAU